UUCCCUUGUUUCUCUUAUCCACCAAACAUUUUUAGCGUUCUGUACCAACGAAUAAACAAGAACAAAUUAAAGAUAGCUGUGUUAUGUGAACAAAGAAAUAAAAACAUAGUAAACAUUGACAUAUUGGAACUAAGGUUACAAAUAACAACAAUUACAACAACAGCAACAACAAAACAACAACAAAGAAUUAAAACAACAACAACAACAACAAAACACCACUGAAAACGAACAGUGUCGUCCUAAUAAAUGUAGAUCUAAUGAGUUAAGCUCUUCGCUCUGAACUGAAAAACAAAAUAACCCAGAAACCCCCUCAAGAAACAGAGUUGGAUUCUCACGUAGGGAAGAUAUUUCAUCGAGUAACUCCUGGGUUUUCCCCGGAUGCAACACCCAGCACAACCCGAGGUAGCGCAAACUGGCGAGGCCGGGGCAGCACGGCUCAUAAAUAACUUCAAUGGCCAUGAGUGAGGCGUAAUAAUGUUUACAACAAAACUUUACGACAACAAAAAAAAAAACCCCUGCAAACGUCAGGAAAGGAAAUCUGGUAAAAGGUGUGACUUUGACUGUGACUUUUACGACAAGCACUCGCCCGGCCCUUGACACACCCCUGCCACAGGCACGACAAUCGUUUUCAUGGGGUUGCAGACAACUAAUUGUGUUUGCUAUAAUGGAAACACUUUAUUUUAAUGUAUGGAAUGCUUUCUCGCGUUGGGUUGAUUGUAAAAUGAAAUGUGUUGUUGAUACAGUCUAGGAUAUCUUGAAGGCAGGCCAUACUGACCACUCCUGUCUGGACAAAGUAGGGAUAUGUUAGAUUCUAGUCCCAGGAGAAAAUUGGAGAUACCGGUAGGCUACUCAAUAAAUAAGACUUUCUCGCAAUGGAGUACAUCUAAUAAUUGCAAUCAGGUCUUUUGCGUUUUCCUAUUGUCCUACAGCCGCUGGUAACAUUACAAGAUCAAUAUGGCUAAUAUUAUAUGUGUAAAAUAAAUGAGUACAACGUUUUCUCAGACUCGAACGAAGAACAAACAAUCUGUUUUUAAUUCAAGCUUGUGAAAACGUACUUUUACUCAUUUAAACUUGGUUUAAUCAGAGAAGAUCAAGGAACUUACAUUUUCGUAUGAUGUGGAGGGGGCACAACGGGGAGGCCUACAGCACCUGAGCAUUGCUAGUCAGAACUUUGUUAUUUUGGGGUCGCAAAAUAUAAUAUUUAUGUAUCUUAUAUUUUUCGUAGCGUGUUCCCUGUAGAGAGAUAUCAAUCACGUGACUCAUGGCGUCAUGUCACAGACAACGAAAGACAGCAGCAAGCCCUGGGCGGGGAGUUCCGGUAAGACAAAAUUAUAAUCUCGCAUUAUCUACCUGAGUCUACGUCAGUUUCCGUGCUAACAGGAUACGUUUUUCAUGUCGUGCUGCCGGCUAUUUAAGGAACAAUUUGCAUACUUCCCCCUCACAUCAUUAGAUCAGGACAUUGCGAUAAGAACAUUAAAACAAUUUCGGUUUGUUAGGAGGCGAGAUUUCUGUAUGUUAACAUUACAAGAACAUUUAAUCGCAAAUUACAUCGCGUGCGGCUUUUCUAUUUAAUCAACUCUGUGAGAGGAUUUUGGGGGGGGCCUGUCAAAAAAGUUUUCCUAUCGUUGUAGAAGGACGCAAGAGAAUUUUGCGACAGAUAUUCUCGUAAAAAAAUCACCAGAAGUUUCAAGAUUCCCUGCCUGUGGUAUUUGAUAGUGAGAAGUCGCCUAUCAGUGCCCAGUAUCACAGAAGAACCAGUCAGCUAGGACAAGGACGUCCACACCAGGAUAAUAAGAGGUAGAGAGAUAAGGAGAGCUAUGAAACCUGGGUACGUCUCCCGCCUGGCUAUUUGGGUCAUUCUCUGCACUCUCAGCGUGGGUCGGAGUGCCACCAUCGCGCGGACCAACACCCAGAUCUCGGUGGCUGCCGGCGAGGACCCAGGGCCUGUCCUUGGCGAAGACGCCGAGCCCACUGCGCCAGCCCCGGCCACAGCGAUGACGACACCAGCAAUGUCUGCUCUCAACAGGACGGAGGAGAUGUUCAGAGCAGUCACAACUCCUAUCACUUCGUUUCCAGACCUUCUAACCUCCACCAGCUCUCCGCAAAUGUUUGGACCCUCACUUGGCACGUCUGGGUUGAGCUGUCCCCGUCUCUCCGAGGCCGGACUCUGUUUCUCCAUGUCCCUGCAGAACAUCUAUGGUUACUUGUUCGCUGCACUCCAGACUGGCCCGGGGCCAAGCAACUUUGACCUGUCGGAACUCAAUAACCUUGACCCAGCGGGACCAAACUCUGACCUGCCACCGCUCGACAAUUUUGACCCCUCGGCCUUCAACAACCCUGACCCCUCGGCCUUCAACAACAUAGAUCCUUCAGCCCUCAACAACAUUGACCCCGCUUUACUCAGCAAUAUUGACCCCUCUUUACUCAACAAUAUUGACCCCUCUUUACUGAACAACAUUGACCCCUCUUUACUGAACAACAUUGACCCCUCUUUACUCAACAACAUUGACCCCUCUUUACUGAACAACAUUGACCCCUCAGCCCUCAGCAAUAUUGACCCCUCUUUACUGAACAAUAUUGACCCCUCUUUACUGAACAAUAUUGACCCCUCUUUACUGAACAACAUUGACCCCUCUUUACUCAACAACCUUGACCCCUCUGCCCUCAACAACAUUGACCCCUCUUUACUCAACAACCUUGACCCCUCUGUCCUCAACAACUUUGACCCUUCGGCCAUUGACAACAUUGACCCCUCUUUACCCAACACUGCCUACCAGAAUUCAUUCAGCGCUGACCAGUCUGCCCAAGUCGAAGAGGCCGUCUGUGCGGAGUUCGGCGUGUACAAGGAGUGUGUGGGCAACAAGCUGAUGGGAUGUUCACCCAUCAUCACACUGUCCUACGACAUGUUCUAUAGCGCUCUCGACUUUAUCUGCUCGCGAGGAGAUUCCCAACCCGUACUGAGCGUGUUGCCCUGCCUCAACAAACGAUCGGUGCUGCCAAAGCUCCAGCUGUGUGCUGCUAAUGUCCCGCAUAGCGUACCUGGAUACGACCUCUGCGGAUUGCCGGAGACAUACAGCCAGUGUGUGGUCAGCGCUGUGUCCGGCAUGUGUACACCCCAGGACGUCCAAGGCUUACGUCUCCUGCUGAAAGCCACGUUCUCGCCCUACACGGAUCUUUUCUGCGACAGCAGCAGCAGCGUCAGUGACACCACUACCAAUUUCGAGUCUACCGCCACAACAGCUGUGCCUACAACCACCACCACAUCCACUACAACUCCAGAAUCUACAGCCACCAUUACCCCCACCACCACCACCACCACAACCACGCCAGUACCUACAACUACCACAGGACCUACUUUCCCAACUACUACUACCACCUCCAGCACCACCACACCAGAACCUACAACCAGAGCUAUCCUUUCAUCAGAAUCUACAACUACCCCUUCCACCAUCACAACCACCACACCAGAACUUACCACCACAACAACCACACCAGAACCUACCACAACAACCACCACAACAACAGGAGUUGACACUCCUGUUGGUGUGCAGGAGGACCGAGCCAAAUGGUUUGAGAGCUUGGAAAACUCCACAAGACGACCAGAGUUUAAGAACGCCCAGUCUGGAAUUCGAACCAAAGCCAUCCGCUCUGUGCUCCAGCACGAUACCAACUGA